AUGUCUUCUGAUGCUGCUAACAUCCUUCAAAAAGAGGAAACACACGUGCGAACGGCUAAUCAAAUGCAAUACAUGGCUUUGUGGCUGAAGAUGAGAACGACUCUUGUUGUUCUUUCGUGUGUCCUGUUUCUGAGGAUGCAGUGCGCUAUUGUAAAGGAAGUAAGCGACGGCGACAAUAUAGUUCAUCGCCUGAAACGAGCGGUUGUCAUCGCACCACCACGACCACCAGUAGUCGGACGACCACCACCACCGAUCGUCCCACCACCACGACCGCCGAUCGUCAGACCACCGCGACCGCCGGUCGUCGUAAAACCGCCACCGCCGGUCUUCGUCGCACCACCACGGCGACCAGCACUUUAUGCAGGUUGA